AUGGAAGGUCCUUCUAAUUCUAGGCGUUCAACAGUGUAUUCGGCUAAGGGUAUGGUAUCGUCUACCCAACCUCUUGCAAAUUCGGCUGGAAUUAAAGUUAUGUCAAAUGGUGGCAACUGUGUUGAUGCAUGCAUUGCGAUUUCAGCAUGUUUAUGUGUAUUGGAGCCGUCGUCCACCGGUAUCGGGGGCGAUUGUUUUGCCUUGUUUUAUAAGAAUAGAGAUAGGAAAGUAUAUGGUCUAAAUGGAACAGGGAGGUCUGCAUCAGGACUUAAUAUCGAUUGGCUUAAAACAAAUCAACCAGAUCAUAUUUUACCUAGUAUGAGAUUUAAAGACGACUCUGUAUUCAAGGUUCAGGUUCCCGGUCACAUCGCUGGAUGGUACGAUCUACACGAAGCUUGGGGUAGUGGGAAAGUCACUAUGGAAGAGAUUUUACAGCCAGCAAUUGACCUAGCAGAGAAUGGCUUUGUCGUUUCGCAAAUAAGUGCAUCACUCUGGAAAGAGGCGGAGGAGAAAUUGAAGAAUCAGAACAAUUGUGACGAUUUGUCCAUUUUCCUUCCUAAUGAAGAUCUCACGGCGCCAGUAAGAGGCCAAUUUAUGAAGAAUACACAUCUAGCAGAUACCUUAAAGAUAAUUGUAAGAUUUGGCAAGAAAGGAUUUUAUGAGGGUGAAGUAGCUGAAUCAAUGAUUAAUGAGCUAUCGAAAAGAGGAUCAUUAAUCUCAAUGAAAGACCUUGCAAAUCAUACAUCAACCUUUGUCGAGCCUAUUUCACUUUCAAUUCUUGACCAUAAACUAUGGGAAAUACCACCGAGCGGUUCAGGUAUUAUAGCAUUACUCACCCUAGGUCUUAUUGACCAAUUAGAUAAGAAAGGUACAUUGAAGAUGAGAGAAAUGAAGCAUAAUUCUGUAGAAUAUUUGCAUAUGAUAAUUGAAUGCUUGAAGCUCAGUUUUAAAGAUUCAGAUGAAUAUGUGAAUGAUUACGAGUUCUUUACCAAAGAAUACAACUUAGAUCAAUCAGUUUCUCUCGAAAAUUUGUUACAACCAGAGUACCUUACGAGGCGUAUAGAACUGUUUAGUGUGGAUAAAAUCAUUUCGAACCACGAAGUUGGACAUGGUAUUCCAAAUCCAAUGUUCAAGUCAGAUACAGUUUACAUGACAGCCUCGGACUCCGAAGGCAAUGCAUGUUCGUUUAUUAGCUCUCUAUACGAAAAUUUUGGGAGUGGUAUACUUGUUCCAAAUAGAGGUUUUGCAUUACAGAACCGGGGCGGCAACUUUAAUUUGAACCCAAAGAGCAAGAAUUGUCUCGAAGGGAACAAAAGAUCCUAUCACACUAUAAUUCCUGGCAUGAUCACUACUCCUUCAAAGUUAUCACCGCUGAAGGAAGAUUUGUUUGCCAGCUAUGGUAUUAUGGGUGGAUAUAAUCAACCACAAGCACAUGUGCAAGUAUAUUUGAAUAUGCUACUUUUUAAUAUGGAUCCACAAGAAGCAUUGGAUGCACCAAGAAUCUCGUUGUUUCCACAUCCAGACUUUGAACAUACUGAUUUAGGCCUCGGAUCUGAUGGACCAACUAGUAGGGCCGUUACUUGCGUCGGAAUUGAAGAUGGAAUUGCAACGGACGUUAUUGAAGGACUCAUCAAGUUAGGUCAUGAAACCAAAAUUUUCCAGGGCAAUGAAAGGAAACUCUUUGGAAGAGGACAAAUAAUUCGUAAAGAAUCGGGACCAGAGACUAAGGGAGAAUUAGUAUAUAGUGGUGGCAGUGAUAUGAGAGGUGAUGGUGCUUCCGUUCCUUUGAUCUGA